AAAAAUGUAUGGCAAUAGACUUUAUGAUGUCGCCUACUAUAUAAAAUAAUUGUCUGAGCACAUUUGAAUGUAGUGAAAACGAUAAUAUAGUUGUGGAUAUUAAUAUCACAGUGUAAUAAAACAAUGAUUUAUUUUAUCGAUCUUUACAAAAUAGAUUUGUUUUUAUGUUAUAAUUAUAAACAACUUCGAUCAGUCUUUGGCUGAAUGUUACUACACCCAUAACCAUUAAAAAUGAUUCGUAUGUUUUCCAAACCGGUAAAAUUAAAAGUCCUUUUUAAAGUAAAUAUAAUAUACAAAGGUGUCCGUUGAAAUCUAAUGACUGUAAAUUAAAUUAUAAAUUACGCCAAGAAUUACCAUGUAUGUCAAUAUUUUUUGUUCAUUUGGGCCAAUUUGAGCAAUCUCCUUUAAAAAAUAAAAAACCCGACUGCUUAAUUAUACUUCUCUUAACUGCUUAAUUUAAGUAGUUUUGUUCCUUAUUAACAGAAUUAUAGACUACUGGACUUGUUUUUUUAUUUUCAGUUUUUAAUUGAAGUAUAAUUAAGCAGUCGGGUUUUUUGAUUUUUGAUAUUGAUUGAUAUGUAAAUUAAAGAAGGAAAUAAUUUAAUUUAACUACUAGGGAAAUAAUAAGCAAACUUUAUGACCAUGAAAUGGUAAUGAAAUUUAAAGACAACUCUCUUGCUGAACUAUUUCUUUUAAGAGCCCUUUCACAUUUUUUGCAAUAAAUCGCAAUUUUUGAGCGCCUCCUUUACCCCCUUAGAAGAGAUUUUGACUUCUUCCAAUAGAAGUAAACAGUAGAUUUAUUCUCCCUAUUAAAAGUUAAUGUAGAAUAUUUGCAAAUACUAUUUUCCUUUUUCUGUACUGAUCGUUCUACCGCAGCUAGUUUACGGAAAAAACGAUAAUAAGCACAACUUCAAACGCCUCAAUCUCUCAAUAAUGUUCAAUAAAUUAGAUCAAAUUAAUUACUACGACAUCAGAAAUAUGUUUUUGUUGUAACAAUGUAUAAGAAUCUUUUUCCAACUCAUUAAUUAUUAAAAAAACAUCAUAAAUAUUCUUUUUCCCAAACCAAGGCAUAAAGUAUAGGUAUAUUAUUAUGUGUACCAAAAUUCAACCGACUUGGUUUAAAUUUGGUUCAGUAGUUUUUGCAUGAUUGGUGACAAACAUACAAACUUUCACAUUUAUCAUAUUAGUAGGAUGAGAAUGUGGUGAUUGUGAGAAUUAUGAUCUUUUGAUAACAGAAAUUGUGAUCAUCUUUAUAAGCACAAGUUAAGGGUUCAUUCCGUUAAACACUGAACCUUUGGAAUUCGAAAAGGACAAUAAAUAAAAGAAAAUGAUUACAGGGGGCCAAUCGCCUAACGGGAUUGCAAUGGCUAUCGCUAUCACUCAUUUUAUUUAAUACUAGCGGCCGCCCGUGACUUCGUCCGCGUUAACUUUAGUUUUUUUUAAUCUCUCAAGAACCUGGACGUUGAAAUUAUAAAAAAUACUUAUCAAUCAAAUCAAAAUAUCAAUCAAAAGUAUGAUAUAAGCACUGGAAAUCAAUUUCUAAAUGAAAUCGUUGAGACACAACCUUCAGCAAUAGCCAGCUCGCGCGUUCUGAGGCCGCGCGACAGGCAGCCUUUGUGAUUGAUUCGUUGGUGGGAGAAGUGGUGGGAGGUGCCCGACGUGUCGGCACAGUGGUGGCAUGCGCGUGAGCUGCCCGUGGUAGUGAACAGUACUUGAACAUUGCAACACUACUCUAUUUUUCUAAAAAAAAAGAUUUUUUCUAAAAUAAAAGUAACCUAAGUUACUCCUUAUUACAUCAGCUACCUGCCAAUAAAAGUCCCGUUAAAAUCGGAGCAGCCAUUUCAGAGAUUAGCCGGAACAAACAGACAGACGGACAGCCAAAAAUUGUAAAAAAUGAUAUUUUGGUGUAUGUGCCUAUAGUAGUAGUAGCCUCCGUGGCCGAGUGGUUUGUACGCCAGGUUUCAUGGUGUCGCCGACUCGAGAGGUCCCGGGUUCGAAUCCCGGUGGGGGCAGAUGUUUGUAUGAUGAAUACGAGCAUUUGGACUCCAGUCAUGGAUGUUUAAUAUAUAUUUCUAUAUGAAUAUACAAUACAAUACAAUAACUCUUUAUUGUACACCACAAAAAAUGUUGAACAUUAAGUACAAAACCAUCUAGUACACGUGAUGCAUUGGGCGGCCUUAUCGCUUAAAGCGUUCUCUUCCAGGCAACCUUUGGAUGGAGAGGAUUAGAAGGAAGUGGGAGAGACGGCGACUUAUAUAUGUACAGUAUAUGUAUUCUAUCCGUUACCCUAGCAUCCCAUAACACAAGCCUUACAGUGCUUACUUUGGGACUAGGCUAAUUGGUGUGUUCGAAAAAAAAAUUAAUUCAAUUUUAUUUAAGUAUAUGUGUAAGAUGUAUAGAUAUAUAGAUUGUUAUUACCAACGCAAAAGAAAAGAAAAAGAGCGCGAGUCAUUUCAAAACUUUCGGCGGUCAGAAAUCACAAAAUGACAUAGUAAGCGCCAUACCAAUCCCGUUAGGCGUUUGGCCUCAAGUUCCGCUUUUGUCUCAAAAUAAUUUGAAAUAAUGCGCACCCUAAUCUGUGUUUUUUAGUCGGCCCGAUAUUCCGUAUUUCCCAUCCUCAUUGCUAUCAGUACUACCUAGAUACCUAUUUACGGGGUAAGACAAAGUGUUUUAGUUAUAAAUAAACUCUUAAUUAAUAAGCGACAGGCAACCAAACAACACGACUACAUGCAACAUGCGGUUUUAUAUGCUACUAUGUGUUGUGUUAAUUGGGAAAGCAGAUGCUCAAUCAGAUGCUGCACCGAUGGAUUGCUCCAAAUAUUUUACGACGACCACAACUAGGGUGUACACUGCGGAAACAACUACUACACUAUCUCCGACGACUACAACUGCAAAAGAGGUCCCGUGCGAUACUGAUGACAACAGGCGUGGAAUAUGUGUCAAUGCAAAGUAUUGUAAUAAAGAAGGAAAUAUCAUCACCUCAGGCAUUAAUUUGAUUCCAAAAGGCAGGAGUUUUAACGUCCAAUGCCCUACGAAUCAAGUAUGUUGCGUAAUGACUUCUCGCACCACAAGCCCCAGCACUGCAAUCUCCAGCACAACCUCACGCUCUACCACAAGUGCCAAAGCACCCUCAAUUUCUACGUCCGAGAAGAAGGGCUGCGGAUGGAGAAAUGAGGACGGUUACGGACCACGCGUAUUAGGGGGCGAAAGCCAAGUCAACUUUGGAGAGUUUCCAUGGGCACUGCCAAUAUUUAAAAUCGAGAACAACGUCGAGAAAUACAUUUGCGGCGGCUCCCUGAUACACCCGCGGCUGGUGCUGACGUACGCGAACAAGUUCAUCCGGAAGGGCCGGUACGUGGUCAGAGUGGGGGAAUGGGACAUCCUCGGAGAAUAUGAGAUCAGGGAACACCAGACCAUCGAGGUGGCCAAGAAGAUCGUGCACGAGAAUUACAAUUCAGGUGGUCAUUUCAACGACAUAGCCAUAUUGGUGCUAAAGGAAGAGGUCAAGUUAGAUGCACACAUCGGCUUCGCCUGUCUCCCAUUAGCCAGCUUCAGACCAGCCAUUGGUACACAGUGCAUCGCGACCGGAUGGGGGGUGGAUAAAUAUGUCAACGGCACCAUGCAGAAUAUAGCCAAACAGGUUUCAGUGCCGUACAUUGCACACGACGUGUGCCAGGCUCGCCUCCGACAAGAGCUACGGCCCAGGUUCGAGCUGCAUGAGACGAUCAUGUGCAUGGGCGGCGUAAAGGAUGAGGAUACCUGCAAGGGGGACGGGGGUUCUCCGCUUGUUUGUGAAUACCCGGGAGUGGAAGGCCGCUACUACCAAGCUGGCAUAGUGUCCUGGGGUCUGGGGUGCGGUCGCGAGGGCUUACCCGGCAUGUACUCAGAUGUGGCUGCUCUGAGGAGUUGGGUAGACCGAGUUGUACAAGCAGAGGGAUUUGACACUUCAUACUACACGCCUUUAAACGAAACCUUUUAAAAUUACGUCGUUAUUUUUAUAAUAAAUGGACAAAGUUCUGAUGUGU